UCUGGCAGCCGAAACUGGGAAAGGAAGAGAAGAGUCAGCGGGCGCCAUUUUGGGAAUCGCUCGGACUCCUCUGCUCCGUACUCGAGGCGACGAAACCUUCGGGCUGCUUCGGACUGUGGCGCCAGGAAUUGGCAUUCUUUUGCCACGGGGGACGAGGCGAUCCGGGGCUUGAGCGGGUGGCUCGCCGAUCCUUCCGUUAGGCUGAGGGUCGGAGGAGGAAGAGUGGGUGGGCGAGGGCAGCGAGACUGCCCGGAGUAAGUGCCGCGCGGGGGAAAGCCGAGGGCAGCUCGUGCAGGGGUGCCUGUGGUAGGCAGGCAGGCAGGCAGCGACUGAGUAAUUUUUGGUGGGAGUCUGUUUCGGGGCGCUGAGAGGGGAUAGCAGGGAAGGGUGGGCGGCGGGGUCCGCUGCCAAGGAAUAGAGUUGUGGGUGAAGCCUUUGGGCCCCGAGGGUGGGGGGAAUCUUAGCCUUUAAUGCUUCAGAAAGGGGGGCGUAUGUUACACUACAGAAGGGCCUCAGGUGUGAUGUAAUUACAAACGGGGGCGCAAAGAAUAUAAAAAACCUCAGAAAAAAACACGGGGUGGUAGGACUACAUAGUACCUCGCUUUGUUGGAAGCAGCUUGAAGAGGGGUCCUUUGGCUACUAGUUGUGAAAUCUGAAGUUCCCAAUGCUCUGAGCGCUUGGCUUGCCCUAUGAUGAAAAGGGGCAUCAGGAGGUGUGCUAUAGAGGUGUAUCCACGAUCUUGAGAUGUUCCUGUUCCCUGGUUAAUUUCCUUUGUUUGGCCUCUACUUGUGGAAGAAAAGCGAAGAAAAAACACCUUGCCAGGCUGUGGAUUUGCAACCAUUCGAUACUUACAGCUGCCUCUUCCACGAAUUAGAUUAUGGCUGCCAAUAUAGGAGACCAGCAUUCUUCAGAAUGGGUUUCACAGUAUAACUUGGGUACUGCAAGCACCAGAGAAAACGGGAUGGAAGGCCCAAUGCAUGAGAACCCUGAAUGGGAGAAGGCUCGGCAAGCACUGGCUAAUAUUAGCAAGGCCAAUGCUGCAGCUGCUACUGGCAAUAAUAAAGGGGCUACAAACGGUCAAGCUAACACACAGUACUCGGCACAGCAAGGAGAAUCCCUGCAGCAGCAACAGCAAUACUACCAGUGGUAUCAACAAUACAGCUAUCUCUACCCUUAUAAUUACUAUUAUCCUAUGCAAAAUGUCUACUCUGGAUAUGGUUCUUCUGGGCAAUAUGGUGUCUCAGGCUCUUAUUCCCCAACACCCCAACAGCCACCAGUUCCUGGACAGCAUCAAGGGAGUAUGAGCCAGCCUCCAGUCCCAGGCAUGGAAGACGGAGGGAUGUCGUAUUCAAGCCAGCCUCAGCAAAUGCAAAUUUCUAACCCGCCACAGUCCCCUAUGCAGCAUUCCAACCACUCUUCACAGCAUAGCAUGGGCUCUGGGGGACAGCAGCAACAACAGCAGCAGCAGCAACAACAGCAGCAGCAACAGCAGCAGCAGCAGCAGCAGGGUGGUUCUACUGGAGGGUUGCACUCUCAGUCAAACCAGUCAAGUGCCUCCUAUAACCAGCAGCAGCACUCUUACCAGGAAGCAGCCAAGCCCAAGAAAGGACAGCAGCUGUGGAAUCGCAUGAAACAAGCGCCUGGGUCUGGUGGUCUAAAAUUCAACCUUCCAAAGCGUCCCUUUGUAGUAACAAAUCAGAACUUCAGCUCUUUGGAGCAGCAGCAGCAACAGCAGCAGCAACAGCAACAGCAACAGCAGCAGCAUUCAAACUUUACCUCCCAGCAGAAUUCAGAGAAACGUCACAAUCACAGUUCUUCAACAGGUAAGCCUGAAGAUUGGCCACAGGACAUGAAAGAAUAUGUCCAGCGCUGCUUCACAGCUUGUGAGUCAGAGGAGGACAAAGACCGCACAGAGAAGCUGCUUAAAGAGGUCCUACAGGCCAGGCUGCAGGAUGGCACUGCCUAUACCAUUGACUGGAGCAGGGAACCAUUGCCUGGCUUGGGCCGGGACAACUUGGCUGAAAGCCCCAAGAAAAAACAGCAGCGCUGGGAAAUGUCUUCUCUGCACCCGCCACGUGCCUCUAUGCAGUCAAGUCUUGCUCAGCAGCAGCAGAGGAGUGGUGGGGGCAAUUCUCAGCCCCAGCGAGGGGGAGGUAGCGGAGGAACUGGGACUGGCCGGAUUCGUGGGAAUGCCUUUCCCACCAAAUUUGGAAACCGCAAUGUUUUCAUGAAGGAAAAUAGCUCAUCCUCAAGUGUUGAUUCACGUUCUAGGUCAAGGUCAUCAUCCCGAUCUCCCAGUCGCCACUUCCGAAGGAGCGAUUCAGAUUCUGACAGCUCCUAUUCUGGAAAUGAGUGUCGCCUGGGUGGCCGCCGGAAUGCUCAGAAAAACCGAGGGCGUGGAGGCCAUAUGGAUAGAGGGCGGAUGAGAACACAGCGAGGAAAAAGACAUGAUCAAGGUCCUCCCAAGCGCAAUCGGAAACGCAACACUAUGGAUUAUGAAGACCCUGAAAAGGAGUUCAAGAAGGAACGGAGGGCAGCACGCUUCCAGCACGGAGCUCAUCCCAAAAAGUUGCGUCUGGAACCUCUUAUCUUACAGAUCAAUGCUCUGGACACUGUUGGCUCUGAUGGCCUUGACUGGAAUGAGCUGAAGAUUGUAGGCACCUGUCAAGAUAUCACAAAGCAUUAUUUGCGCCUCACCUGUGCUCCAGACCCCUCCACUGUCAGGCCUCUCUCUGUACUUAAAAAAUCUUUAUCUGCAGUAAAAUCCCACUGGAAAGAGAAGCAAGAUUAUGCCUAUGCUUGCGAGCAGAUGAAAUCAAUUCGCCAGGACCUUACAGUUCAAGGGAUCCGUACAGAAUUCACUGUGGAAGUAUAUGAAACCCAUGCCAGGAUAGCUCUGGAGAAGGGUGAUCAUGAGGAGUUCAACCAGUGCCAGACACAGUUGAAGUCUCUUUAUGCAGAGAAUCUUCCAGGAAAUGUUGGAGAAUUCACUGCUUACCGUAUUCUCUAUUACAUUUUUACCAAGAACUCUGGAGAUAUCACAACUGAGCUGGCAUACCUGACAAAGGAGUUGAAAACGGACCCUUGUGUGGCACAUGCCCUUGCCUUGCGAGCUGCCUGGGCCCUUUCCAAUUACCACCGUUUCUUCUGUCUGUACCGCCAGGCCCCUUGCAUGUCCGGCUACCUCAUUGACAAGUUUGCUGAACGAGAGAGGAAAACGGCCCUCAAAGCCAUGAUCAAAACUUUCCGCCCAGUGCUUCCGGUCUCCUACGUUGUGUCAGAGCUGGCCUUCGAGAGCGAGGAGGAGUGCCAAGCUUUCCUUGCAGCUCUGUCCCUUGUGUACACUAGUCCCGACGCCACCAAGAUUGACUGCAAGCAGAGCUUGGCGGUCCUGGCCAAUUUCUGAAAGCAGAAAAAAAAAAAGCCCCACUGCCCUGUUCUAGCCUGUUUUAAUAUGUACAUAUAUAGAGAGAUAUAUAUGUCUGUGUUUGUGCGUGUAUAUAUGUAUAUAAAACCAGAUAACAGUUGGCUGCUGUGGGCAAGCUGGGACUUGCUCUGCCGCUUCGCCCGCUGUCCACAACGCACUUGGAUAGAAGAGGGUAAGAUCCACGGACAUCAGAUGGCAUCUGAGAUCACCGGAAGCAGAAGAGCAGAGAGUUCGGUCUAAAGAGUCUUGGGGGUUUGCCAGCAACAGGGAAAGGCGAUUUCAGGGAAGAAUAGUUUUGCACCAUUUACAAUCAUCUGUUCCUCCCCCCCUUCCUCUCAUGUCAAGAUCCAUGAAUUGCUAGAGCCCCUGUCUCUCUUCCCUUGUAGUCCAAAAUUGCCAGGAUAAAAAGUUGGAAAUCUGUGGAUUAGUUAUGGGAGAUGAUGGAAAUUUUUGCCUUGUGUGUUACCAUCUCUUCAUUGUCAUAAGGAUUCAGGAAGCUAGAAGAUCUUCUCCCUAAGCCACAGAGCAAACCCUCUUAACUUAUUUUUAAUUAUUAUUUUUUGGUAAAAGUCUCACCAGGCGCUGUUUUAUUCCACUUGACAGAUCUGAAAAAGGCACCGGUACAUGAGCGCAUUGGCUAGAUGUGAAUAUAUGUGAAAUGGUUUUGUACAGAAGCUUACAAGUUGUAAAUAAUACUAGGCAAAUUCUUUGUUUCUUAAGAGAAAAAUCCCAUGUUUUUCUACUUUUAUAAUGAUGAAUUUUAACAGUUUCCUCUGAAGAUGAAAAAUUCAGGUUUUGCGUGCACAUUUUGUGUUCUUUAUUAUGCUCCUCAAAAACUAACACUGUCUCAGUUUUUUCCUCUUCCGAGCUACGGCCUGGCUAUGAAAAAGCUUGAGAGAUGCCACCUCUCCGGUCGAACACAAAAACAGCCCGAGGGGGGAAAGAGCAAAGCAAAAUCAGUCUUCACAUAUUUCCUACCAGUUCAAAGACUUUUUUUCCUACGCAAAGGAGAAUGUGAGAGACUUCGUUAAUAAAACCCCGCAUGGAUGUGACCACGACAAACAAAGCAAAUCCAGAGAAGGCACAGUGCGCAGCUGUGAAAUAAGAUCAACAAACAAGAUUAUCUUCACAGUCUUCUCUUCUGUUGUGUUCUGGAGUUGUCAUGCUGUUUUUUUAAUUUAUUUUUUUCUCCUUCUGUUCUCAGUUCUUUACAGGUAAACUUGAAAAUGCACCACCCAUUUUCACUUUUCUCUCGUCACAUUGUUUCAAUUUUGUUUUUCAAGUUUUGAAAGAUUGUCCAAUAAUUUUUUCUGUUUUCUUUCUCCCACCCUCUCCCCCACUCUUAGUCUCUUUAGCUUCUCAUAAUCCCUUCUUCCCCUCUGUUCUCCUUUGCUCUAACACCACUUUCUUUUUGUUUUUGAACAUGUGUAAUUUUGGGAUAUUUUGGCUUGGGCUGGAUUUUUCAAAGAUUCCUUUUUCCUUUUCAGAAACCUGAAUUUCUUCCAUUUGAUUAAAAGUCAGUUUUUUAAAACAGC